GAUUUUGGUGUCACAAGUGGUGUAAUGGCUAUGCCACAAUUCCAAGCUUACUUUGAUCCAUUAACGCCUGCUAUUAAGGGUGCCUUAAACUCCUUAAUGGGUUGUGGUGCUGCUUUUGGUUGUCUUGUUGCAGGUGUCAUGUCAGAUCGUUUUGGCCGUCGUGAUACGAUUGGUGUAUCUGCUCUUAUUUUUAUCGUAGGUGGCGUCCUUCAAUGUGCCUCUCAUAAUAUUGAAAUGCAAUUGGUUGGUCGUUUUAUCUCUGGUCUUUCUGUAGGCGCCUGUUCUGUUUUAUCUCCCAUGUACAAUGCUGAAUUGGCACCCAAGGAAAUUCGUGGUCGUUUGAUUGGUUUCCAACAACUCAUGAUUGACACUGGUCUAUUGAUCAGUGCUUGGCUCGACUUUGGUACAAUUUAUGUCAACAGCGAUUGGUCAUGGCGUAUUCCUUACCUUGUUCAAGUGGCUCCUGCUAUUCUUUUGGCCUGUUGCCCAUUUAUUUUACCUCGUUCUCCUCGUUGGUUGAUUGAAAAAGGUCGUACAGAAGAAGCCUUGGAUGUUCUUGCUUAUGUCCAUGGUAAAGGCAACCGUGAUCACCCUUACGUAAUUCAAGAGUUUAAUGAAAUCAACGACAACGUCCAACUCGAAAACAACGUGGCUGUCGAUAGUUACUGGAGCAUGAUCAAGGACCCUAAGAACCGCCGCGUCCUUUGGGUUGGUUGCUCCGUCGCUAUUUUUCAACAAUUGACAGGUGCUAAUGUGAUUAUGUAUUAUGCUGCAUUCAUGUUUCAACAAGCGGGUCUUAAGGGUUCCAUGUCUUUGCUCGCCAAUGGUCUUGAUUAUGCAGUCAUGGUCAUCUUUUGUAUCCCUGGUAUGAUCCUUGUCGAUCGAGUUGGUCGUGUCAAGUUGAUGACGAUUGGUUCGAUUGGUAUGUGUGCCUGUUUCUUUAUUAUAGCUGGUCUAUAUGGCGGUAUUGGUUACACUGAAUGGAAUGAAGAACAGUUGAGUCAUGUUGUGAACAUGAGUAACAAUCCUGCUGCUGGAAAUGCUGUGAUUGCAUUUAUCUUUAUCUUUGUUGCUUUUUACGGUACCACUUGGGCCCCUGUAGCAUGGAUCUAUAUUGCUGAAAUCUUUCCUUUGAGAAUCAGAAGUAAAGGCUUUGCAUUGGCCUCCGCUGUUCUUUGGGUCGGUAAUAUUUUGGUAGGACAAGUUACUCCUAUUUUAAUGGAUAAAAUUACUUGGGGAACUUAUAUUAUUUACGGCGUCAUUGGUAUUAUCAUGUUGGUUUGGAUAUGGCUCUUUGCUCCUGAACCUAAAGGUCUUUCUCUUGAAGAAAUUGAAGUUGUUUUCCAUGGCCCUAUUGUUGUGACCAACCUGAAUUAUGAAGAGUAUCUGAAUGCUCAUCGUGAAGAUGUUGAAAAGAUUCGUCAAGAAGUCAACAUUCAAAAUAAGGAAAAGGCAGAUGAAAAGCAAGAACACCAAGACAAAGAUGGUUUUGACAUUACUCAUUAA